GAGUUCCUACUUCCUGUAACUUUAGCUUGAUGCUAGUUUAGCAUCAACACCUAGCCCGCUUUCUAACAGCUGCCAUGAAUUAAGACCAAAUUACGGCACCCGGUUCUUUUUAACGUCACGGUAGGUAAAACAUUGGCUGGUUGGAGAGACAGAGGUGUCAGCCAUGUAUGCCUCUGGGAAAUACAGCUCGCGGGGCCCUGCUCUUAUCCCAAGAAUGAAAACCAAGCACCGCAUAUACUACAUCACCCUCUUCUCUGUGGUGCUGCUUGGCCUCAUCGCCACCGGGAUGUUUCAGUUCUGGCCCCACUCCAUUGAGUCCGCAGCUGACUGGACUCUUGAUAAACGCAGUGUUCACGAUGCACCUCUGGUGCGCCUGCCUGUCUCCAGCCCCAUUCCAGAGAGGGGUGACCUCAGCUGUCGCAUGCACACCUGUUUUGACGUGUACAGAUGUGGCUACAAUCCUAAAAACAGAAUCAAGGUUUACAUCUACCCUCUGCAGAAGUUUGUGGAUGAACUGGGGGUUCCCAUCAGCAGCACUGGAUUGUCUCGAGAAUACAAUGACCUGCUGAGUGCUAUUUCUGACAGUGACUUUUACACUGACGACGUCACCAGGGCGUGUCUUUUUAUCCCAUCUAUUGAUGUGCUGAACCAGAACUCUCUGCGCAUUAGAGAGACUGCCCAGGCUCUGGCAAUGCUACCCAGAUGGGACAAAGGGAUGAAUCACCUACUUUUCAACAUGUUACCUGGAGGCCCUCCAGACUACAAUACUGCCUUGGACGUUCCCAGAGACAGAGCGCUGCUGGCUGGAGGCGGUUUCUCCACAUGGACCUACAGGCAAGGUUACGAUGUCAGCAUCCCAGUUUACAGUCCCCUUUCUGCCGAUGUUGACCUGCCUGAGAGACAACCUGGGCCACGGAGAUACUUUAUUUUGUCUUCUCAAACUGCCAUCCACCGAGAGUAUCGUGCCGAACUGGAGCGCCUGAAGGAAGAAAAUGGAGAAGCACUGCUCCUCCUGGAUAAGUGUAGCAACCUCUCGCAAGGUGCCGCCUCUGCACGAAAACGCUGCUACAAGGGGCAGGUUUAUGACUACCCACAGAUCCUGCAGGAGUCUUCAUUCUGUGUGGUUUUGCGGGGGGCCCGUUUGGGUCAGGCUGCCCUCAGUGACGUGCUGCAGGCCGGCUGUGUCCCGGUCAUCCUCGCUGACUCCUACAUUCUGCCGUUCUCUGAAGUACUUGACUGGAAAAGAGCAUCGGUGGUUAUUCCAGAGGAGAAGCUGUCAGAGAUGUACACCAUCCUAAAGAGUAUUCCCCACAGACAGGUUGAAGAGAUGCAGAGACAGGCACGUUGGUUCUGGGAAGCCUACUUCAGCUCCAUGAAGGCUAUUGGCUUGACAACGCUCCAGAUCAUCAACGACCGCAUCUACCCAUAUGCUGCACGGACUUACGAGCAGUGGAACAAUCCCCCUGUGGUGAAGUGGUCCAGUGUGAACAGCCCUCUGUUCUUGCCACUCAUCCCACCAAGAGCACCUGGGUUCACGGCAGUGGUGCUGACCUACGAUCGUGUUGAGAGUCUCUUCCGGGUCAUCACUGAAAUCUCCAAGGUGCCAAGCCUGGCUAAGCUGCUGGUGGUGUGGAAUAACCAGAACAAGAGUCCGCCUGAGGAGUCUCUUUGGCCAAAGAUCGGUGUUCCUCUUAAAGUCGUGCGAACCAAAGAAAACAAGCUGAGUAACCGUUUCUUCCCCUACGACGAGAUUGAGACAGAAGCUGUGCUAGCGAUCGAUGAUGACAUCAUUAUGCUGACAUCUGAUGAGCUGCAGUUUGGCUACGAGGUAUGGAGGGAGUUCCCAGACAGGCUGGUGGGCUACCCGGGCCGGCUGCACCUCUGGGACCAUGAAAUGGGGAAGUGGAAGUAUGAGUCGGAGUGGACCAAUGAGGUCUCCAUGGUUCUAACUGGAGCCGCCUUCUACCACAAGUACUUCAACUAUUUGUACACAUACAAGAUGCCAGGAGACAUCAAGAACUGGGUGGACGCUCACAUGAACUGUGAGGACAUUGCCAUGAACUUCCUGGUGGCUAACAUCACGGGCAAAGCCCCCAUAAAGGUGACCCCCAGGAAGAAGUUCAAGUGCCCUGAGUGUACUGCCAUUGACGGGCUGUCCCUGGAUCAGACACACAUGGUAGAGAGAUCUGAGUGCAUCAACAAGUUUGCAUCAGUUUUUGGAACAAUGCCUCUGAAGGUGGUGGAACACCGUGCAGACCCGGUGCUCUACAAAGACGACUUCCCAGAGAAACUCAAGAGUUUCCCCAACAUCGGCAGCCUCUGACCAUCCUGUAACAGAUGUUUGGACCCCGUCACAGCCUCAACACUUCAACAUUUGCCACCAAUAUUGUCCCUUUAAUUAGGACAUCAAUAAUCAGACUUAAGCGAUUCAUGCUCCUGUCACUUCUCAUUUCAAGUGACUUUAACUUUAAUUUUUAGAUUCAUUUUCAAAAGCAGGAUUAUACAGGACAUUGAGUUAAUAUCUUGAAUGAAAGAGGAAUAUAGGAAUGGUGAUGAGAGCGACUUGUUUAUUUUGUUUAAAGUGAGAGAUAUUGUCAGACAUUUACCAUUAUAAAUGCACAGACUAAUGUUACAUGAAAGGCUGUUUGAGGGUCCCCUUGAGUCUAAUGUUUGAUGGACAGGCUUACCAACUGGAGGCUUGUGGUCCCUCAGUUACUGAUUUGGAGCUGGAAAAAACUCGGCUCCAGCUGCUCUGGAAUCAGCGUAUACAAUGUAUAUUUGUAUUUUGCAGCAGUGCUGUAUAAUAGUUAUAAUUUAUGAUCCUUCAGCUAGGUUUUUUUUUCCUCCUUUCAAACGCAGACAUGGACUUGAUUCUUUUAGUCGCAGUGUAUAAAAAAGUAAAUGUUUAGCUUACAUAAUAUAUACAUACAUAUAUAUAUAUCUGUAGGAAAUGAUUCUAUGACACAUUUAUGUAGGUUUUAUCCAAUGGUUAAUUGAAUGUGAUAACACACAGCAUGGUGGCUUACAGAUGAUGUACAGUUAGUGUUUCACAUAUGUUCUGUUUGAAUCAGAUUGGACAAAGCUGAUACCAUAAAUCUAACAUUUAGAGCGAGUAACUGCUGAUUUAAAAAAAAAAAAAACUGAUGCUGAGCUACUGGAACAUCUUGAAUAGUUAUUUUACGUUGCCUGUGCAAACCUUUUUUUAUAUUUAUAUAAAUAUGAGAAAAGCAGUGGUGGUAAUUGAAGUAGCCACUAAGUCAUUCAUGAGUUAUGUGAACAAACACAAAUAAGCACAGGAGGAGUUAUGUUUGCCAUGCAUUUAAAAUUAUAACUGUAUAGUGAAUAAUAGACAAUUCCUAAAUCUACAAACAGAUAUGUAAAAACUCUAGAUGCAAUGUUUUGUUUUUAUUUUUCCAGUAUAUCUGUUGUAUGUUUGAACUUCUGUCCUUUUCAUCACUAGUCCUAGCACCAGUAUUUAGGACGUAACAUUGAGAGCGGUGCAGUCUGUAAGAUGCCUUGUGAUGGUUUUAUUUGCCUUUUUUUAACUUUAUUUCCAUAAGGUCAUUGAAAUUGUUUUAAAUUUUUUGACUGUUUAUGUAUUUAAGUGUAUAUAUGACUUUGUAAUACAUAAUGAGUAAAGACCACACUAA